UGGUAUUUACGCCUGCUUUUCCGCCCCAUUCCACUUCUCGCUCUUCAAAGCUCCAAACCCAAUCCUUUGGGUAUUGUCACCUUUCGACACCUGCGAAGCAUGGCAUUACUAUCGUUCACCAACUUGGUGCUCGCCGGCUUGGGCUACAUACUCUGCACUGUCAUCUACCAGGUUGUAAAUUACCGAUUCUUCCACCCGCUGGCAAAGUUCCCGGGUCCCUUUUGGGCUAGUGUCACGCGACUCUGGCUUACGUACCACAAUGUCAAAGCGGAUGAAGUGGAAGUAGUCCACGCGUUGCAUAAGAAGCAUGGGCCUGUGAUCCGCAUCACACCUACGAUGCUCAUGGUCAGUGAUGCUACUAAACUGCCUGAAAUCUACAGUCGCUAUGCCGACAAGUCCAAGCAUUACAUCACGGGGUCCUUCGGUGAUACCGAGUCCCUCUUCAACAUACAAGACCAUAAAGUGCACUCUCACUUCCGGAAAAUCGCCGCGGCUCCGUACAGCUUUAGCAACAUCAAGAAAAUGGAGCCGCUGGUAGACAGCAACAUCGACCGGUGGAUCACCAAGCUGGACGCCCGUUUUGCCACGUCUGGUCAGAAAUUCGAUUUCUCCCCCUGGGCGGUAUACAUGGCGUACGAUGUCAUCUCCGAGGUAGGAUUUGGAGAGCCCUUCGGUUUCAUUGAGCAGGAGACAGAUGUGGGCGGUCUUAUUCAAGGAUUCCACGAUGGUCUGGUUCCCUUCGGUAUUAUGGCGCGGCUAUACCCGUUCACCAACUGGGUCAAGAGCACAUUCCUUGGCAAGUAUAUGGUUGCAAGCCCCGAGCAGCAAUCAGGUAUCGGCACUCUGAUGCGGUUCCGUGAUCGCCUGAUUCAGAAUCGUUACAAAGACAUCGCUGCGGGCAAAGCGGCGGGACGAAUCGACCUUUUGCAAACAUUCAUCGAUGCCCGCGAUGAGAACGGUAAGGCUCUGGACUUGGACUACAUUAAAGCAGAGAUUCUGCUCGUGCUUCUCGCAGGCGCCGACACAACCGGCACCGCCUUCCAAGCCCUUAUGACGGAGAUUUUCUCCGACGACCGUGUCUAUCAGAAGCUCAUGGAUGAGAUCGACCAGGCCACGCGCGCGGGCCACAUCUCAGCCGGCGUGCCGCGAUAUGAGGACGUUUUGGAGCACUGCCCUUAUUACGUUGCCUGCGUCAAGGAAGCCAUGCGUCUGAAUCCCUCCGCACCCAACAUCUUCCCUCGCCUCGCGCCCAAAGACGGCUUGAAUCUGUUCGGCCAGUUUGUGCCCGAGGGAUCCGAAGUCACGUGUAACCCAUGGAUCGUGCACCGAGAUCCCAACAUCUACGGUUCUGACGCGGAAGUCUUUCGUCCUGAGCGUUGGCUCGGAGAUCCUGAAAAGGUUAAGGACUAUAACAAGUACAAUAUGGGGUUUGGGUAUGGCGCCAGGGUGUGUCUAGGAAGGGAAAUUGCCAACAUGGAACUCUUCAAAGCGCCGCUACAGUUCUUCCGCACUUUCAAGCCUCAGGCUGUCAAUUCCGAGCAGGCGGGUCGGUUUGUGUACAAGGGGGGUAUCUCGUUCUUUGAGGAUAUGUGGAUUACCAUUGAGAAGCGGCCAUCGGUGGCGCCUUGA